GACGUAUAUGUCAAGCGACUGCACCGCGCGCUGUUUGGUGAGGAUUCUCCUUCGUGUGUCUUGGCGGUGGUGAUAUAGUGUUUUUACGGUGACUUUUCUACACAUUUCUCCCCCGUUGAGCGGCCGGGUUACCCCCCCCACCCCCCCAAGCGGCAUGUUUACCCCCCGCGCGGCCCCGAGCUCGGGCCGCCGGCAGCAGGGCAGGACCCCCGCGAGACGGAGCGUCUCCGGCCGCCCCGACUGAUGUUCUCCCCGCGCAGGACUCUCUCUCCGGCCAGGUCUACGCCCACCCGAGCCCAGAGCCACGGAGCUGCAGAUUCUCUCAACUACGACGUGCAAACCUUCGGCUCCUCGCUGCCCGUCAAAGUGAUGGAGGCGCUGACGAUGGCCGACGCUGAGGACCAGAUCUCGGUGAAGGUGGACGAGAGCGGGUGGGCCUGGAUGGUGUGUGGAGAGAGACUGAUCAUCUGGAAGAUCUGCCAGACCGCCGUCGCCAAGCUGUCGGUGUGUAAGGAGCUGCAGCUGCCCAGCAGUGAGUACAACUACACAGCCGACCUCGUGGCGGUGUCGUCCGCCGCUCCUCUGGAGACGGCCGCGGUGCAGUCCAUCUCCGUCCUGGCGCUGUCUGUGGAGGGGACGGCCCGCCUGUGGCCCAGCCUGGCCCAGGAGGGCAACUACACCGAGACCAGCGUGGACCUGGGAGACCUCUGCAACUUCGUCGUCGCUGUCAGAGGUGGGAGCUUCGUCUUGUCCUCGGAGAAGAGUCGGCUGUUGAGAGCGAGUGUAGACCCCUCGGGGAAGCUCCAGUACCGCGCCCUGCAGCAGGGUCAGGGCGUGCUCUCCGGCAUCGGACGCCGCGUCUCCAGCCUGUUCGGCAUCCUCUCCCCACCUGCCAACGACACGCUCCACAGCGUGCUGUGGGCGGGCGGAGCCGGCUGCCUCUACACCCUGACCAGCUCCAGUCUGAGUAAGUGGGAGCUGGACGACAGCUGGGAGCAGCAGAUCCUCAGCUGGGACGCCCGGAGAGCUCUGACCGAGAGCAUCGGCGACGCCAUCUGGGGAUCAGAAAGCAACUACGAGGAGCUGAAGGAGGGAGCGAAUGUGACCUACCUGGACAUGAAGCUCAGCCAAGCCGGCCUGGUGGUUUUGGCUGCAGCCUGGCACCCGUCAGACACCCCCUGCCUGGCCUACUUCUGCCUGGUCACGCUGCAGGACACGGGAGCCGCCAUCUCAGACCACUUCACCGUGGAGGUCACCAAGUACAACCCUCCGUUCCAGAGUGUGGAGGCGCUGCAGGCCACACGGCUGGUGUUGCCACGCUCCCCCGGCUCCUCCGCCUUCCUGUACAACGAGGAGACGGUGUUCGCCUGCUCCACGGGGACCAGCAGGGGGGCGCCGCCGGACGAGAAAAUCAGCUUCAACUCACCGGGUGACGGUGUACGCGGAGGAGGCUGCUGCGCCGACCUGCCGGUGUUCUUCUCCCUGAACAGCGGCCUGGUGGCGGUGGUGGCCCGGGAGAGCGCCUCCAUCCUGCCGGAGACCAUGGAGGACUCGCUGUGCUCCUCGCUGGCUCCGGAGGUUUCAGCCAUGGAGACUCCAACCAGAUCUGAGCCGGUAGCUCAGGAGGACAAAACCAAGCUGCUGAAGGCGGCUUUCCUGCACUUCUGUCGUAACGAUCUGGUGGGCGCUCAGACGGUCACGGACGAGCUGUUCCCCCCCCACGCCGACGGGGAGGAGGGCGCCGAGCUGGACGGCCUGGUGACCCGGAUCAACCUGGACCUGGUGGACGAUUACCCGGCCUCCGACCCCCGCUGGGCCGAGUCCGUCCCCGACGAAAGCGGCAGUGGCUUUCCUCUCACGUCCCUCAUCAUCCUCCACCAGCUGGAGGACAAGAUGAAGGCCCACGGCUGCUUCAUGGACUUCCUGCUUCAGGUGGGUCUGCUGGACCGGCUCGGCCGGGUGACGGUGCGCUCGUCUCCCAUGGCGACCCGCCUGCUGCUGUGCGAACACGCGGAGAAGCUCCAGGCCGCCAUGGUGCUGAAGAACCACCACGGCAAGCACUGCGAGCUGGUGAACCGGGCCAUCGCCACGGCGCUGCAGAAGAGCGGCGCCGCCGUGCCGCCCAGCCUGACCGCCGCCGACGUCUUCUUCAGAGAGGUGUCCCAGAUCUCCUCCGUGUUCGAGUGCCUGCUGGACGAGGAGGAGCGGAGUCUGAAGGAGAGCCCGGUGGACUCGGUGCAGUGGGCCGAGGUCGUCCUCGCCGUCAACGUCGUCAUCAAGGACAUGCUUCAGGCUGCGAGUCAGUACAGGGAGACGAAGGCCUUCAUGUACAGAGCUUCUGAAUCCGCUGCUGUGGAACCGGAGUACAUCCCAUGGACAGCGUCAGGAGGUGUCGGAGGCGUCCGCAGCGUCCUCUCCCGCCAGCACGAGGUCAUCCUGCGCUCCGUGUACCCGCACGCCGACUCCGAGCUGCGCAGCGCCCUUUGCGAGCAGCUGGUGGCGCUGUUGGACAUCUACCUGGGCGGCUACGUGGCCCAGCUGACCUCCCUGCAGCAGCAGAGGCCCCCGGGGGCCCAGCAGGAGCGCUACAACAGCCUGGAGAUGGAGUACAGCCAGCGCCGCUCCGAGCUGCUCGCCCCGCUGCUGGAGCUGGGUCAGUACCAGUGGGUGGCGGCGCUGGCGGAGAAGUACUGUGACUUCGACAUCCUGGUUCAGAUGUGCGAGCAGACCGACAACCAGAGCCGCCUGCAGCACUACAUGACCAAGUUCGCAGACCAGGCCAACAGGACGCUGUGCAGCCAGGCCAACGGGGAGACGCGGUACUUUGUGAAGAAGAAGACGCUCCUGGCUCUCAGCAAGCUGACGGUGCUCGCGUCCGACCUGCCGGAGGACGACCUCAACAAGCACGUCGACGACAUCGUGGAGCAGGAGCGCUUCCUGCUGCAUCAGGAGACGCUGCCCCGACAGCUGCUGGAGGAGAAGCAGCUGAACCCCGACACCAUGCCUCUGCUCAGCGCGCACAACCUCAUACAGAGGAGAGACGACUGGUCCUCCACGGACGGGACGGACGACCCCCUGGACGCCGCCAAGGACAGCAUCUUCGUCAAGAUCCUCCUCAAACUCAUCCAGGACGGAGUUUCUCUGCAGACGUACCUGCCCGACGUCAAAGAGCUGCUGGAGCUGGAGGAUCUCAGCGCUUUGAAAUCAAAACCUUAUUUUGAAUUUGUCCUUCGAGCCAAUUAUGAACAUUACCUAGAAGCCCAGAUGUGACGGCCGAUGGCCUCCCGGUAACACCUGUAACACCUGUUCGAAACGUGCUAUUUUCUAAAUAAACGCCAUGUUACGCUGUGUUACGUCUGGCUUCCUUCAGUCUGAUAUCAGAG